GAAUCGAAGAACACAUCGGAACAGCGCGUGCCACACGAUUCGCGCCUUUUCUGUCAUCACCUACAUCCGGUCGUAAAAACAUACGUCACUGUGGUCCGUAAUAGAAGUGAUCCCUGUGAACUCGUGACGUAGCCAAGCGAUCUUCAAUUGUCGUUAAUUAAAACAGGACCGAAAGACUGUAAUGUUAUUUUUAUUGCGGUUCAUUAAGAGGACUUAACUUUCAUCAGAAUGUCAUCAUCGUUAAACAUCAUCGCCUGCAACACGGUCCACAAAAAUGUGCUCCAACAGUCCAACAACCAGCAGAAAGACUACCAGCAGCACUUCCCCGCCAAGAACUUCUCCAAGGAUGAGAUACUCCUGACGAACCCUGCUCGGAAAAAAACCAUGAAAACCUCUGCUAAGGACGGGAUGAAGUCGAAUCCUCAAAUUCUAGCUGUUGCCAGGCGCAACGCCCGCGAGCGGAACCGUGUGAAACAAGUGAACAACGGUUUCGCGAACCUUCGAGAACGUAUACCCAAUUUCAUAGCCGCCUCCUACGAAUCUGGCAGGGGAAACAACAAGAAACUGAGCAAGGUGGAAACUUUACGUAUGGCUGUUGAGUACAUAAGGAGUUUAGAAGAUCUGCUUGCCCUCGAUGACCACGAAGUGGAAUCUCUACCCAAGGCUUCGUAUCCCAGUCCAACUUACUCGGGAUCCCCCAAUUUACACCACCAAAAGACGAGUUAUCAGUUUUCCGAUAUGUCUGCAAGUGCCGACGAAGAAAUGUCCAACACUUCCUCACCACCUCCUCAAUACGUUCGUAUAAAUACACUAACAAACACUUACGAAAUAUUACCGUCUCAAAUGUACGAAGACAGUGAGAAUUUAGUGCCUUUAAGUGCUGCAGGACACUUACUUUCUGACGGUAACCUCAUCCAUCCCUCAGAUUUGGACUUUAAAGUGCAAGACAUGAAUCUGUUAAAUGGUGCCGAUAGUAGAGACUCUCUUUCACCUGAAAUUUACAGUGAUCAAUCCUUUUCACCUGAGAACAUUCAAAGGUACCAACAAUCCAAGUGUUUCGUCCCCAUUUUCGAUCAGUUUGUGAGCGAUAACGCUAAGUUUAACUUGGAGAACAUUAAGCAGGAAGACUUCGAUGAGUCUGUGUUGUCUUCUUCUGGCGAGACUCACUUUCCUGAUGUACACAAGGGUAUGACAAAUCCUAUGCAGUGGUGGGACAAUCAUACGGCGAUUUCAGGCAGCUAGGAUUGAGAGAAGAUCUUCGAGUCCAACAGCUGUUAAUCCAGUCUAAAACGAAGAGUUCGUUGUGAUGUAUUUUUAGGAUAAAAUGUAUAUUUGUUGUUGAAUAGUUAAAUUUGAAUUAAUAUAUAAAAUGUUGGAACUGAACAAAAUGACUAUUAGGAUAGGUGAAAAAUGAUUUUCCUCUUGAUAUGGACUUUUCGCAAAUAUGAUCUCGGAACAAUAAUGCUUGUGAAUUUAUCCUUUGAAAAUGUG